AACGUAAAUCGAAACUUUAUUUUUGUUCAAAAGAAUCAAAACAUGCUUGAAGGGGUAUGGAUCCAGGAGUCAUGCUUCUUCGGGGAGUCUUUUUCCCCCGCCGCGUGAAAUACGCCAAAGUUCUGUCUAUCUUUCGUAUCUAUUCAUUCAAUGUAAUACAUAUAAAUUCGAAAUCUUUUCCCCUGAUUUGCUCCGUCAUCUUCCCUGCACCAUCCAUCCCACCUUCAGUUUUUUUCCCUUAUAAAGAGAACCGCACAAGCCUCAAGUGUCCGAGCCUCCUCUCUUUCUCUCUCGUCCUGUCCUCAUUCUCUUCACCACACAUUCCGGGAUAACCCAUAUCUCUUCAGGUAUUCGACUAUUCGUCUCCAAUUUGUUUUGGGCUUUUGUUUUGUUGCCGAUAAAAGUCUUCUUUAACUCAUUCAAGUUACUGGGUUUUCUUCGUACAUCAGAACCCUACAUCACAAUGAACGUACAAAUAGCCACUUGAAUAGACUAAAAUCGCAAUCCCAGAUUUUAGGAGAUGGCCAUCCCUUAUCCCCAUUUUAUUGGUUCAGAGAAGUCUGCCAUGGAGACGGGGAUUCCCGUCCCUUCUUCUCCAUCAUCUGCUACACUCUCUCCGGUCAUUCUGACCCAGGACGAGCUCAAGAAGAUUGCCGCAUACAAGGCCGUGGAGUACGUGGAGUCCGGCAUGGUCCUCGGACUCGGCACCGGCUCCACUGCCAAGCACGCAGUAGACCGCAUUGCUGAGCUAUUGCGCCAAGGCAAGCUCCACAGUAUCGUCGGCAUCCCCACGUCGAAGAAAACCCACGACCAAGCCGUUUCCCUCGGCAUCCCUCUAUCUGAUCUCGACGCGCAUCCUGUCGUCGACCUCGCCAUCGACGGCGCCGACGAGGUCGACCCCUUCCUUAACCUCGUCAAGGGCCGAGGUGGGUCCCUCCUCCGCGAGAAAAUGGUGGAGAGCUCUUGCCGGAAGUUCGUCGUCAUUGUGGAUGAGUCCAAGCUCGUUAAGCAUCUGGGUGCUAGUGGGCUCGCCAUGCCGGUCGAGAUAGUACCCUUUUGUUGGAAGUUCACCGCGCAGAGGCUGCAGACCCUGUUUGAGGACUCGGGUUGCGUUGCCCAGCUCAGGACUUCCGUCGAAAACGGAGAACCCUUUGUGACAGAUAAUAGGAAUUACAUUGUGGAUUUGUAUUUUAAGAAGGAUAUUGGGGAUUUGAAGGCCGCGAGCGAUGAGAUUUUGAGGCUAGCUGGUGUUGUGGAGCACGGGAUGUUCCUUGACAUGGCCACAACGGUGAUUGUGGCCGGGGAGCUCGGCGUCACGGUCAAGAAUAAGCUCAAGUGAUUCUAUGAUCACUGUUUAACUUCAUUUAUAUUUAGGAAUAAUGAGUAUUGAAAAUUCAUUGCUUUGAGACAAAUUGGGGAAAAGAGUAAUUAGUGAUUAUUUGUAUUGGUGGGAAGUCGUUGGUUUGCUAGAACCAUUGAUAUGGUAGAAACUUUGGGAAGGUUCUCCUCAAGUAUGGAGAUAAAUGAUUAGGAAGAAAGAAUUAGGAGUUUUAGUUUUUGUUGACAGAUAAAUGACCGGCAUGUUGGCCCUGUAACGCUCUUUCGAAAAUGAAAUUUUGCUUUUUUUCUCA